UUUUCCAGCUCCUACAAUGUGUUACAACACAGAAGCCAGACAAAACAGACAGACAAAAACACUAAUGUAUUAUAGAAUGUUCUUCACUGUUUCUUCUGCCAGAUCUUUAAUUCCCUUCAAGAAUGAAAAUAAGUAAAUAUCACAAUCUAUUAAAACAAACUCUUUAGCGUGAAAUUUGUGUUAGUCUGUUUACAGUUUAAUACAGCUUUUUCUUUACUCUCUUCCCCCAUUUUUAAGAUGGCAUAUUCCAGUCUAAGAGAUGAAGAAGUGCACUAAGUGUAUCUGAAGCAUUGUUCCUUUCAAUUUGGCAUAUGAAGUCUCAAGAAAACAAAUUUGUUGUUGUAGUUCGGUAGAUUGUAUCAACUGUUCUAAGAGUCUCUUCAGUUACAAUAAGAGGUACCAGUACUACAUCAGUAACAUCAAUUUGAUAUCACAGAAAACUUUCCUGGAUUUUCACCACAGGCUAGCAUCUUCUGUUGCUGCUGAUUCAUUUGUUCACUAGACUAGUAACUUACUCUCAGGUGGCUCUUUGUCUUCCCUAAGCAAGAGUAAUGGUUUUGUUAGAAUGAACCAUUUCACAUGGGCUGAAGCUCAUGUUGUGAAAAUGGCUAUUGUACUUUGUAUUCAUGGUAGCAUUUGUUGUGAGGGGUGCUGUGGAAUGGGUACACCUAUAUAGGAUGAACUACUUUUAAGCAGGAACUGCCUUUGCAAGGAAUUAUGAAAGACUGAUGCGUCUGUAUUUUAGGAAAUUAUGAAAAUUGUUCCUGCAGCUAUUAAGAUGCUACCUUUCGUUAUCACAGAGUAUCUCACACAGAAUCAGGUCCCAGUUGAAUGUAAGGAAAUAGAAGUUGAACCUCAAGCUAGCAAAGAAGUCCUGCCAGGUUUUCACCAAGCAAGCCUGACACCAGUUGUUCAAAAAGAAUCUCGAGCAGCAGAAAAUGAAUCUCAGCCUACAGAUGAGCUGUUAACAUAUAAUAAGCAGGUGAAGCAGGCUCCAUCCACAGAUGUGCUAUGGGUGGAAGGAAAAGCAAUAUCAAAAAUUAAACCAGAUGAGGUUCAGAAAGAUCUACAAGAGGAAUGCAACUUGCAACAGUGUUUGUCUUUCCUGCCCACUCACGCUUCAAAUGUCAAACGGCAAAAUUAUCCAAGCAUACAUCAUCUAUGUACUGCGUUCCCUGGUUUUAUGUUGCCUCCGUAUCUACAAAUGGCUUCUAGAAUUUAUCAUACUUCAGACAGAAGAGGUCACAAUAUCUCGUUUGCAGCAGAGGAUAUAGACAACAAGCAGAAAGAAUCAAUAUAUUCUGAAUAUAUUUACUUGAAAGAACAAGCUGAAAGGAAAAGAAUUUGUUACGAGGGAGUUCCUGUUUCAGAACUGUUUCAGAGUAAUCAGAAAGAUAGCAUUCACUCUUUUCCACCUCAUACAUCAAGAACUCUAGCUGAAUGGCAAAAAGCUGAAUAUGGUCUUAAAGCACAACUUCAACUGGUAGGAGAGAAAGUUUCCAUUUAUCCAGAAGCUUUGAAAAUGUUUUGGGCUCCUGUUCCACCAAAGUUCUUUGCUCCGAUUUCUUCUAUGAAGGAAAUUUUAUUUCCUAAAUAUGAGAGCAAUGUUAUUGAAGAUGUCACGUAUGAAGACUUUUUAAUUGAUUAUGAAGAAGAGGUAGAAGCUGAGCAAGAUCUUGAUUUCUAUGAUUUACUGACAGAAACUCUGCUGAGAAGAUGCCAGUCCUCACAAUUUUCUGACAGUGAGAACUCGAAGCAGAUAAGUUUGAUUAAAAGAUCAGUCUCCGCUCCAGAGAUGACUGCUUUCAAACAUGAAACUAUAUUAAAGAUUUCAGCUAAUCUCAAAACCAGCAUGAAAGAGUUGGAGUUUAUGAAGCAACAAAUAGCUAAGCCAAAGGUUGAAACAGAGACUGGGAAAAGCUCCCCUGCCAAGCAUCUGUUGAAUCAAAUCUGUGAUGAUUGCCACUCAAAGCUGACAAACAGACCAGUGGAAAAAAUGCCCACUUCAACUGGACAAGAGGAUAGUGAAAAUAUACUUGCAAAGAGAGCUCAAAAGGCUGGAAUUAAUUAUGUUGUUUUCCCAAAAAGAAAGAAAAAGAAAUCAAAGGAAACCAUAAAUCCUAGAAAAUUAGAAGCUGUGAUUAAGAAACUAAAUCAACCUCCAAGAAUUCUUAAAAGGUCUGUGUCUCUAGGAGGACUUCUUAUUCAUAAGAAAUUCAUUAUCAAGGUGUCUCCAGCAAUCAAACAAUAUCAGAGCCCCAGCAUCCCUUGUUUGUUAGAUUUUGAAAAGUUUGCUAAAGUGAGGGGUGGAAUUCCAAGAGAAACUUCUGCUCGUGCAUGGGUCAGUGGAAUCUGGACCUGCUGGUUUGAUGAAACAUUCCCUGCUUGUGGGACUGUUCCUGAGGAGGAUACUGAAUUGCUAAAAGAAGCUAAGGCAGUAGAGACUCAAGAGACAAAUCUACAAAUAGAACUAGUUGACUCAGUGCAGCCUAUUCUACUUGAAGGUGCAGUAGUUAGUACUGAAGAUUUAGAAGAAGAAGUCAGAAGACUGACUGUUCUAAUAGAAAGUGUUGAGCAUCCUUCAGCUUUUCACUAUUGCAGGCGUGGAGCAAUACGAAGAAAGUUAGGCAAACUAAAAUCAGCUAUGGAUGACUUGGAAAAAGCUAUAAGCUUAGAACCACUACUGCUUGAUGCUUACUGGCAUAGACAUUUGAUUUACCUCUUUCAAGACAAAUUUUCUGCUGCUUUAAGAGAUCUGAAUUUCAUAACUAAAUGGAACAAAAAUAAAGCAGAUGCAUACCUGUCAAAGGCAGAAAUUUACAGAAAACAAGGUGAUAAUUCAAUGGCAAUCAUCAAUUACAGCUCUGCAAUACAAUGCAACUCUACAGAUGAUGACAUUUAUUUCAGAAGAGCCGAGUUGUAUUUUGAGGAAAAUCAGUUGUUGUUGGCUGUGGAUGAUUAUGCCAAAUGUUUUCAAUAUAACCCAAAAAGAACAGAUGCACUUAUGAAACAUGGACUAUAUUUCUUUGACCGUUCAAUUUUGACUACAGCUAUUCAGGAUUUUACAGCUGUGAUUAGAGAAGACCCUAGCAAUGCUCAGGCGAGGCUAUAUCGAGGAAGAGCAUAUGCUAAACAGCAGCAGUACAGAAAUGCAAUACAAGACUUAGCAGCAGCAAUUCAUCUAGACCCCUCUUGUUGGUUAGCAUUCUACUAUAGAGGUUGCAUCUUACGGGAGAUUGAUCCAAAAAGAGCUCUACAGGACUUCAGUGUUUCUGUACUCAUCAAUGACACUCAGGAAAAUUUCUCUUCUUUUCUUCAUCGUGGGAUCAUUUACUCAAACCAACAUCAGUGGUCAAAUGCAAUCUGUGACUUUGAAAGUGUCAUAGCUUUGAACAGUUCUGUCUUCUUCGCUUACCUAAAUAUUGGUUUGAUACUGCUGUUGCAUCUGGAUCAAUACUAUGAAGCUAUUCGACAGUUUACUAAUGCUAUUAAAAUUGAUCCUCUCAAUGUUCGAGCCUGCUUAUGUAGAGCACAAGCAUAUCAUAAGAUUCAUAAUUUAUCAAAUGCUGUGAAAGAUAUAAAUCGAGCCAUUCAUCUUUAUCCGUAUAAGUCAGAACUGUGGAUACUGAGGGGACAGUAUUUAAUGGAGUUGAAGAAAUACGAACUGGCAAGCUUAUGUAUUCACCAACUUGCAAAAAUGAAUGAAGAGUCCUUUAAGUCUCAGCCUGUUCAGCAAGCACUCAUUCAGUUGUUUUGUCAAAAUCACAAUAAAGCCAUAGAGUGCUUAUGUGAAGCUGCUGCAACUCACCCUGAGCCUUCAAUGUUUGUCCUCUUAGGAAAAACACAAAUGAAAGCUGAGAAAACAGAGGAUGCUGUGGGAAGUUUUAAACAAGCUAUAAAUCUCCUGAUGACCUCAGAAAAAAUCCUGCCUCCUACAUUUGAGGCUGCAGAAGUGUAUUAUCUUAUGGGCCUGUGUUAUAUGGAUCAAAUAAAUUUAUUACAGGCCUGUAAUGCUUUUAGUAUGGCUAUCCGACUACAUUCAAGUUACCCUGAUGCUUUUUAUCAACGAGGGCUGUGUCGAAUGCAACUCAGACAAACAAAGUGCAUCCAAGACUUCAAUCAUACACUUGUCCUUUGUCCAUCACAUUUCCAGGCAUAUAUGGGUCGUGCUGCCUACUAUGGAAGUAAAGGCAGAUACUCUAAGGCAAUUAUGAAUUGUAAUGAGGCAAUCAAAAUUUGUCCUAACAGUGUGAGAGCUUAUUUUUACCGAGGAACACUGAAGUAUCAGAAUAAGACAUUUAAAGCUGCAGUUGAAGAUCUCUCAAAAACUAUUGACCUUGACAGUACCUGCAUUUUGGCAUAUUAUAACAGAGCAAUCUGUUAUCAUCAAAUAAAGGACUUUAGAAAGGCUUUGAAAGAUUAUGGAAUUCUUCUUCUACAUGAGUUGAGUAAGGAAGUAGUUUUAAAAGUGUUCAUCAAUCGUGGACUACUCUACAUGGAACUUGGUGAUUAUGCUAAUGCCUGUGAGGACUUCAAAGGAGCAGCGCUGCUUAGUCCAGGUGAUAGCCAGAUCUUUCAAGCUGUUGGAACCUGCCAUUAUCGACUUAAUGAGUUUGAAGAAGCUGUGAUGUCAUUUAAUCAGGUUCUCAGACUAGAACCCAUUUCUGUGGAAGCCUAUAUCGGACGAGGAAAUUCAUACAUGAAAAAAGGACAUGAGGCUGGUCUUGAACAAGCACAGAAAGAUUUCUUGAAAGCAAUUCACCUGAAUCCGACGUGUAUGAAAGCCAGAAUUUGCUUAGGAUACAAUUUGCAGGCUCUUGGAAAGCUUCAGAGUGCUUGGAACCAAUUAACAGUUGUCAUUGCUAUUGAUUCAAAAUGCGACACUGCAUAUGAAGGCCGAGCUUCGGUCUCUCUCCAAAUGGGUGAAAUUUUUUCUGCACUUCAAGACACAAAUGCUGCAUUAAAUCUCACUACCACUGCUCCACUGCUAACAAAUCGGGGUGUCAUCAAUCAGUUAAUGGGAUAUUUAUCCUGUGCCAUGAAGGACUAUCAACAAGCAAUUUUUGUUGACCCCAGCUAUGCAUUAGCCUAUUUAAGUGCAGCAAAUAUCUACUUCCAUAAUCAUCAGUUUUCACAGGCCUACUGCUAUUAUUCAGAGGUACUAAAGCUUGAACCAGGAAAUGAAUCUGCUAUUAUGAAUCGUGCUGUUACAAAUACAAUAAUAAAAAAUUUUGAGGAGGCGAAAGAAGACUUUGAGAAGGCACUUUGUCUCUGUCCCUUCUCUGCAGCAGUUUAUUUUAACAGGGCAAAUUUCCAUAAAGCAUUAAAGCAAUAUGAACUAGCUGAGAAAGACAUUUCAACAGCAUUGUCAAUUCAGCCUAGUGAUGCCAUGAUGUACAGACUUAGAGCUGAUAUUCGUGCUAAAUUGGGUUUCAGUAGAGAAGCUGUAGAAGACUACAAGCAAGCAAUCAGCAUACAGGAACAGAUUGAUUACAUGUGAAAAGAUAUUGGUUCUUUUUACAGAUUUCUCACACUCCAAUUAAAAAGAAGUCCAACAUGCAAGAAAUAUCUUUGUUUUAAUAUACUUUAUACACACUGUAUUUUUCCGAAGUGAUAUAAUUACUUUGUUUCAGCCCCAAACUAGCUAGAGUUAUGAGAACAGAAUGCCAUAUUUAAUUAUUAUGAGUUAUAGAUUGUUCUUUAUUUCUUAGUGUUGAAAAAUAACUGAUUGUAUUGUCUGGUAAAUGAAAGAAGUAGUAAUUAUAAACAAAAGGCUUGAAAGAUACUGGUGACAGAAGGAGAAGAGAUGUGUGUUACCAACCAGUAUAAAUGCUUAAAGUGAUGGUGGUUAUAUGUUGCUUGGACCAUCUGAGAAGUAAUGGUUUUAAGAUGGCUAUCAAAUGCUGGUGACUGCUAACUAGGUCUCACUUCUUUACCUUAUUGUCUUCCUGUACCUCUUCAUUAUUCCCUGUUCCCUGCCACUGGCAGUAGCCAUUGUGCAAUGUACGCUGUUGCAGUUGUUCUCUGAGAACUACUCCAGUAACUUGAAUUUGAGAAGGUGUAAUUCAACUGGAGAGUAAAUGUUGAGGUCACUUGCUUCCAUGUCAAUGUGUUCCACUGUGUCAGCUUUGAAGAGGCAUGUAAGAAGCCUGAGUAAUAAAUAGAAUCAUGGUUUUUGUUCUAAACUUCUAAGAAUCACCUUAUCUAAACAUGGAGAUAUAAGUAUGAAUCAAUGUGAUCAAAAUUAAAAAAAAAAAGUCAAGCUCUACCUAUGUGCUAAAUUAAACCCCCCCAAUUUUGGCAUACUAUGGAGAAGACAGCGAAAGGAUGAAGCUAAAUAGUUGUCUUUGCCUCACAAAAGAGAAGAAUAGACUUUUUUUUGCACUCCUAAAGUGAUUUUUUUAUGUUGUUGUUGAGAUGAAAGUAAAAAAUGUUGUCAUUGCUUUGUCUUUAAAAAAAAAUUGCAUUUUAUUUUCUGAGUACUUAACACAGUGCUUUAUGCUCUUUUUGUAUAGUCACUGUUCUUACAUACCUAUGUGGUAACUGUUUAGCCAAUAUAAUAGACAAGAAAUUUAGCUUUGUUCUGGCAACUAAAUUUUGCAUUUGUAAUAUCAUUACAUUGUAAACAUUUCUAUGCUUGUCAUAUUAUGAUGUUUAGGCUGGGAAAAAAAGAACCAGAAAUUGAGUAUCAUGACUCUGAACUUUAUUCAGAAAAGCAUUUGACUCUAUCUCUACUCUCCUUGACUGUCAUCUUAUCUGACUGUUUAAUACCUACAAUUAUGAGACUUUGCACUUGUAAGAUCUGUUAUGAUAUGGCUGACUGGAGUAGAUCAAGCAUAAUUAAAAUGCAGAAGAGAUGGAGAAAAACCCUCAAAUAUUCUAUACUUUGACUAGUCUUUGUUUAAAAACAGAUGUUUUAAACUAAAUUAAAAUAGCUCUAAUGUUCUAUGAUGCACCAAUAUUUGUUUGGUAUUAUGCAACACAUGCAUUAGUGUGUUACUGGAAAUCUGUUCAGAAUGGCAGUUUUUCUUGAAAUGGGAAUGUAACCAUAGGAUAAUCAGAAAGCAAUUUCUGAUUUUCUGUUCUGCAGUAAUUGGAAAAAUGAAUUGCUAGUAAUAGCUUUUAAAAAUACUAGUUUUACUGUGCUUAAUAACUAUAAUUAAAAAAAAAGGUGGUAUACUGCAACACACAACACAGAAAUUUUUUGACUAUGGCAGAAUUCAAGAAUCAAUAAUUAUGCCAGGCUUUAUUAGAUCACAGCAACUACGUGCUUCUGUAAUGUAUUAUAGUCCUGAGAGAUAUUUACUUUGAUGUUUCUGAUGUUGAUUCUUCUGUUACUAAAUAUAAGUUUGUGAAACCUAAGGUGGUUAAGCAGUUGCUUAUUGGCUUUUCCAUCUUUUCCCCCCGUUUUUGGGGUACUGUGACCUGUCCAAGUGGAUCAAGUAUGAUGUACAGUGUAUACAUUUACAUGUAUCUAUAUUUCAGUGCAUUAUCAUCGUCGUUGAUGCGAACUGGGAAACUAUAUGCCUGAUUUCCUGUAUGUGCACAAAUCCAAAGUUUUCUUACGAAGUGGUGUCAGUGUGAUGCAAAAAAUAUGGUCUUUUUUCCCUUUCUCCUUCUCCACAUUUCUCUUUCAGUGCUCUUUAUUAUCUAAAGAAUUGUUUAUUGAUGAAAUCGUUAAAUUAUGCAUGAUUCUAUGGCCUUUUCCUUUCUUUGAACUCCUUAUGAAUUACCUGCUGAUGAGUUGUGAGAUAGCAAUGCCCUCAUCAUGUAUAGAACAUCAUCAAAGUUAAAUCAGAAUGAAGAGAGGUCAAACCUUUCCUUUAGAUUCUUUUCUUGCAGUAUUCAGUGUUGAUUUUCUUUAGCUUAACCCCUCUUGAAUGUCAAACAUAAAUGGACAUUUAUAAGAUUUUUAUCUUCACAUUUAAUACCUGAAACCAAGGACAAUUAGUUAUGAGUUAUUAUUGGCAGAAUAACUUAAAUGAUAUGGGCUAUUGUUAUCUCUCUUCUACUUGUUGUAAUUUUAUAUUCUGGAUGGUAUUUUUAAUUCUUAAAAAGUGAAAAAUUCUUUAAUUCUAUGGUUGGCUGCAUGGAAGCUUGUUUUUUUUAGUUUUUUUCUGUUGCACAAUACUCAGAAAUGAGUGGUGGCCCAUUUAUUUCCAAUUUCAUAACAUAGCAUCACACUCAUUCACAAUUCAGGGAGCAUGCUUUUGAAAGAAAAUGGGAUGUGGAGGAAGAAUAUGUUUGCGCAAUAUAACAAGAAGACUUCAAGUUGCAUGAUAAAAAAAAAAAAAACUUUCUUUGAAAAAUGUUACCAUCUCUUUUUUCUUUAAACAUUUCUUCUAAAUUUAUAACAAAUAUUUUCUAAAGCUUUCUAAAAUUCAGUGGAAAUGUUUUGUUUAAUAGUACUUCCUUGUCUUUUAAAAUAAAGUUGCUAAUAAGGGUACUAGUGAUUCUAAGGACCACUAUUCCACUAAAUUACAAUUCUAUUUUGCAGGCUGAACAGUAACACUGGAACUUCCCUGCUGGAAGACACUAUGAUAAGAUUGUUGCAGCCUAAACUUCGCCCAAUUCGAAGUGGGACAGUUACUGAACUCUAGGAUUUCUUCCAUUGCUAAUAAUAGAUCCAGUGAAUUUUAAUACUUUGUACUACCAAAGCAGUUUUGCUUCCUAAACUCACUUUAAAAGAAGCUCUUGUCACAGAGUGGCAAUAGUUCUUUGUGUAUUUAAAAUCUUUUCAGUGGAGCUUAAUUUUUUUGUUUCCUUUUAUUUUCUCUAAAACAAAUCCACUUAACCAUAGAAUCGUUAGUUGGAAGGGACACUUAAAGGCUAUAUUGUCCAUCUCCCUACCAUGAACAGGGAUGUACACAGCUAGAUCAGGUCCCUCGGAGUCUGAUCCAGCCUGACCUUGAAUGUCUCCAGGGCUGGGACAAUCACCACCUCUCUGAGCAAUCUGUUCCAAUGCCUUACCACCCUCACUGUAAAAGAUGUUUUCCUUGCAUCCAACAUAAAUCUACCCUUUUUCAGUUUGAAACCAUUUCUCUAUGUUCUAUCACCACAGACCCUGCUAAAGAGUCUGUCCCCUUCUUUCUUGCAGCUCCCCUUUACGUACUGAAAGGGAGACUGUUGUUAAAUAAAACAGACUUACUAAGGAACCUCAGCCACAUUCAUGUUUGGAAAUCACUGCUGAGCAGUCUUUUUAUGCAAAGAAAGGCAAAACGCAUAAGCAAUGGAACAUCUCUCUUGCUUUUGUAUCACAUUUGUAUGUGUUAUGCUUUAUUGUUAAGGAUUGCACUACCUGCAACCCCCACGGAGCUCUACUUUACUAAACUAGUUUAGCUGUGAUAUCAGUAUUCCCACUUAUGUCUUCCUGUAUACAGAAUGACAAUUCUAUAUACAAGUUAUUUAAUACAGACUCUGGUACUUAUUUCAAAUAAGAAAUAUUAUUUCAAGGAAACUUAACAUUGCUUUGAUAAUUAUUUGACCACUGUGUUGGAAAAAAAAUAGUUAUCAGUUUUUAUCAAAAAAGGAAGGCAGAAGAAGAGAAAUGCAUUCUCAAGUUUUUUUUUUUCAUGGGACACACCAUCCAAAUGAUGAUCAAAUGGAUCAUUAAUUAUCUCCAUUGAAAAGUAAAGUGAUACUUUUGGAAAUAAAAUGGGAAAUUAUAUUUGGGGAAAUUGGGGUGAUUUUUCUUUUUCUUUAAACCCUUAAAUAACAGUAGUUUAUCUCCAGAGAGCGUGCCAAUCAGUGACAGUAAGAUGGGUAGCCCAUGAGAGAGAAUUAAGGGGCUUGAAUUUUGCAGUUUGUUUCACAAAGUGUAAAUGACGAAUGUGAUCUGAUUUUUCCAUGUCUUUCACAUUUCCUCUUGGUAAGAUAAAUAGAUAAACUUUAUUUUUGCUUGAGCUGUUCUAUCUUCUGUCCCAACCCAAGGUUAAAGCCAGUGUUGGAGCAUGAGUUUGUGUGGGCACAAGUUGGAUUUGGAAUUCUGAUGGUGAUGGACCAAGCCUUGAAAUGUAAUAUGUAUGUGUAAUCUGAGUCAUUUUGUGGAGUAUAAGGGAAAAGGAUAUACUGGAAUAAAUAUAAUUGCAAAAUGUAUAUUUCAGGAGAGUGAUCAACUUUUUACAUGGUCUGUUAGUGAUAGGACAAGGCCAAAUGGCUUUAGGUUAGAUGUUAGGAGAAAAUUUUUCACUCAGAGUGGUUAGGCCUUGGCACAGGCUGCCCCAAGAAGCUGUGGGUGUCCAAUCCCUGGAGGCACUCAAGGCCAGGUUGGAUGGGGACCUGGGCAGCCUGAGCUGGUGGGGGGCAGCCCUGCCCGUGGCAGGAGUUGGGACUGGGUGGACUUUGAGGUAGCUUCCAACCCAAGCCUUUCUGUGAUCCUAUGUGCUCUGAAAGAAAUAGUGUGAAAAAGACAAUGUCUUAAGUAACCUUUUUCAAAAGAAGAAUUUAAGUAAGAGCACCAGCAGAUGGCAGCCUGCAAUCUCAAGUGGGAGAACUUUGCUGCCUCAGGACAGGUCAGCUAUACCAGCAUCUGCUGCUCCUUGUUCUGAGGAGGGAGUUACUGUAUAACUGAUUGGUGUGUUCUAGGGUCCAUGGCUUAAUUGACAGUAUUGUUCUCUCACUUCCUUUCUGAUGUGCUAUAUACAAUUAUUUUACAGUGAAAUAACUACCUCACAAGAUUUUAAGUAACAUGUUAAAGUUCUAUAUUAGUUAUGUAUUAUAAUAAUACAAUAUUUAGAUCAUAAACAUAUAUGUGCGUGUGUAUGCUUGUAUGCACACAUAUAGAGUAAUGGAAGCAAAAAGCAGUGCAAAUCUUGAAUAACAGCUCCAUUCAUGUGCUGUUUUUUUCUUUCCAGUUUUAUGUACUUUUCUUCUAAAUUAGGCAUUCAGAAAAGGAUGGCAAACUGUGUGAAAGCUUUUAACUGCUCCUAGCAGUUACAUUUUACAGUAUUUUACUUUGUUUUAUAUGUUGCUUCGUAUUUGCUCUACCAAGUCUGUAAUUUAGUUUUGUUGCAAAGAGAAAAGUGACCUUCAUGAGACUCCCUCCUCUUCCUCCCUCCUCUUCCUCCCUCCUCUUCCUCCCUCCUCUUCCUCCCUCCUCUUCCUCCCUCCUCUUCCUCCCUCCUCUUCCUCCCUCCUCCUCUUCCUCCCUCCUCCUCUUCCUCCCUCCUCCUCUUCCUCCCUCAUGAUCAUCCUUGAAACUGCUAAUGUGGUUAACUAGAGGAAUCCUUAACCACAGUGCUAUGACUAAGCUUGUUUUUGAAGACAGAAGCAUCUUGAGACAAUAUGCAGUUGAUUAGCACAUCUGGCUGGCCUGCAGGUAGGGAGAUGAGCCCUAUCUUUAACUGACCAGUUGUAGGCUGGAGGCUGUAUUGGAGUAGUUGUCAAGAGGUGAAAGUAUGUAUUAGAAAGUGUUGUGAAAAUCUUAGUUUGUGCUAACUUUGUGAGAGAUAAUCUAACACUGAAACUUGUGCAAAUUUGCAAUAAGUCAGUAUCUCUUCGUGCACACCAGGUGAUGAAUCUGCCUUUGGGAGAGCACCAACUAAAUACAGCAGUGGUGCAGUGAGGGAAUAAAGCUUUUGAGAAUUAUUUUUCAUGUUGAUGUUACUUAUUUUGAAAAUCCAUGUAGAAAGCAGUAUGCAGACUUGGUGUAGCUCAUGUGGCUGCAUUUUCCCAGACUUCAUAUCAAAAUUCUUUCCACAUUAAAUUUGAGAAAUUCUUCUAAGCGUUAUGUAUAUAACAUUACCCUUUCUGAACAGCUUGUUUAUUGUGAGAUAAAUUCUAAUUUACUGUUUGCAAAAUGAAACCUGUAAUGCAUUCCUCUAGUGUCCUUAUUUCAUAAAACUAUGGCAGCAAGUGUGGAACAUUAAUUACACUGGUAGGAGCCUACAAAGUCUUCAUAGCCAGUCUCUAUCAGGUUAGAGCUCAAAAAAUUCAACUAAAACGCAUUUUACUUACUUUAAAAGUGGAAAUGGUAUCUUAUUUGUAUGUUUAAUAAGGUUUUUGCUUGGCACUAGUUUACAUGAUGAUGAAUCUGAGAAGCCUGGCCAUGCAGUUAGCCACUAUAAGCUGGGUUUUAAUGAGGGAUGCUUACGCUACUCUUUAAAUAACCAGUUGUCUUUAGGUAAGUAAUUUCCACUUACUUCUUCAGACUUUCUAAAUAAAAUUUUAACUCUGAUUAGUGUUAUUCAGAAGCCAAGAAGAAAGAAAAUCUGCAUCACUGAAGAUUGGCUCUUUAGACACUAAGCUGUGUAUCAAGUAGAAUGAAUGUGUUAAGGUAGUAUCAAUAGGGAACUGAUUAGUUCAAGAGCCAUUAGCCUCUUUUUCUAAUAAUAGUAUUAUCUAAUUACCUAAUAUGCCAGCUUUCCCUCCUGGUUGUUUUCAUGAGCUCACAGAGAGAAAGUACAUUUUAUUUUCUAGCAAUGCUGUAAACUUGCUGUCUUGCUUACUUUCAUUAAUAAUAGACUGUAUAUUCCUGUAUCAGGGGACACUACGAAUUCUCAGUUUUUAAAACAUACAUGUGAAACUUUUGGUAUGUGCAUUUAAAAAACAACAAUGAAACAACAGUAAACGGAGUGUGAGUAUAGAAAAGGGUAGGAGAUAGAGAAUUGGCUUUUUGGAGAUAUAAAUCCCAAGAUAAAUUAACUACUCCAAGCAAUGUGGGUAUGACUGCUGUAUUUAUGCAAUAAACCCUUUUCAGCUGUUGCGCUCAGUCACAGGAUGGGGUUCUGGCUUUGCAGCAUUUUGUGCAAAAGUCUGUGCGAAGGAAACCUAGCAGCCCUAUUUCUGAUCAGAAGAGACUACCCUGGAGAUGUUGAGGACAGCUGGUACUAUCUUCUAAAGGCUUCAAUGGACUGCAGGUCCUGGUGUAGCUGGUGUGCUAAGAUAAGGAAAUGGUUGCAGCCAGUCAGGGAUGAAACUGUUCAGCCUUGCAGACAUCUCCAUGGCACUUGAUGGCUUUGAGUGGUUACAGCCAGCUUUUAAUGCCCAAGUUAUAACUUACCAUUUCUGGCAAACUGGCUUUUGUUCUCCUUGCUAUUAUUAUGUGGACUUUGGGAGGGUGAGCAUCUGCAAUACUGAGCUGUAACACUGGAGAUGUAUUCAUAAUGGAAUUGCAGUCCUUAGCAUUUGUUUAGCAGUUCUUCUACAUUAAAUAUUUCACAGUGCAUUCUGGGAGAACAGCUGUCCAUUGCAGAAGUGCUCUUAAUUCAUCAGCUCAGUAAAAGGAAGUACUUCUGGCGUGGCACAGCAAGGCGUAACAAUUCAAAGGUUCUGCCCCAAAUAGAAGAGAGGCACAGAUGACUUGUUCCUAUUGCUGGUGACAGUAUAGCUCUUAUCUUCAGAAAGGCAAAUGAAUAGCAAGGAAGGAACCGAAGUGGAAUGUCAUCUUGAGGAGGUGUUAACAUUGCUUUGAUAAGAUUCUGCAAGCUCUGUGCAGAAAUGCUGGGUUACAGUGGGUGGUGUUGGUGGUAAUAAGUGCAUCAAUGUGACUAUCUGGAACAAGACUGCACAUGCUGUGAAGCUGGGCAGACCAGCAGAAUGAGAAGGAAGACAAUGUUUAGUGAACAGUAUUUACAUACUGAGAUAUACAGGUCAGUGAGGUAAUUGCUCCUGUUCAGGUGUAGGUGGCUGCUUCUUCCGGCAACUUGGUUGUAAUGGAUGCGCACACAUCUUUCUUUCCUCUUUUUUGCUUUUCUGUGAUGAUUUCUCUGAUAUUAAUUAUGCUAUAGCAAAGGCUUUGUAACAGGUAACAUCCUCUUACAGCAUUCAAAAGUACUGAAGUCAUCUCAAAUAUUGCAGAAAUGAGAGCUGGACCUGGAUAGAUGAACAGAGCUCACUGUUCUAGAAAUGCUGGCAGUAUCCCAUCAGUUGCCAGGAAUGAGGAUGACUUACAGAGCUGCCAUCUCAGUCCGAUUGGAGGGCUCAUGGCUACUACAGCUCUCAAGCUGCGGUUAUUAGUUUCUCCUUUAACUUCUGGAAAAUAACAACAGAUGGAUUACUUGUUUAGAACACACAAGGAAGCCAACAGUAGAGCAGAGCCAACUGUGCUGGUAUCCUAAUCGUUCCCUAAUGAUCCAUUAGUCCUGCGACUGAUGUGACUUUGUGUUGUCGAGCAGGAAAUUACAAAACACAGUCCAACACGAAUGGUGGAGCUUUCCUGCCGUCUGUUCUGGAGUGCAGUGGCCAGGAUUUCCCAAAAUGUUUUUUCUUUAAACAAAAUAUAAUUACGAAAUUAAACAGUUGAGCUUAAAAUGAAUAUUUUCUGUAUGUUCUCUGAGAGAGAAGGAAAUAAGGGUAAUUCAAAAUGUGAAAAUAAAAUUAGAUUUAAAUCAAUUUUUCAAAAAUACCCAAAUGAGUUAGAAGGUUAUUUCUCAUUUUCAAAAGUAAUGUAUAUAUAUUCAGGUACUGUAAAAUAUUCCAGUUAACGACUAUCUGCAUAUUUAGGUGCUCAUAUAAAUCUGAAAAUCAGUGAUGUAGCUGAUUGCUGCUUUAACAUUUGUUGAAAGACUAUAUGACUAGUGUUUUCUGAAAGAAACUUUUUCUAUCAAAACCCAGACUUUUUUGGAAAGCACACCCCUCUCCCUGAAUGCUUAUUUAGACAGAAGCCCAUAAAAUAAAAUAUCCCAUUGGCUUUCUAUUUUGAUGUUUGCAGAACAAAGUGCUUUGACUUUUGCUUCAAAAGAACACUUUUCUUUUUUGAAAAGCUGUAUUUACUUUACUAAUGAAGUUAAAAGGAAUAUAAAUGAGUUAAUAACAUUAAUUAGCCUAAAAGAAAAUCUUAGUCUAUCAAAAAUGAAAUUUUGUCUGGAGUAUUUGUUCCAAAGGGGGCUUAGAUUUCCUUUCUGAACUGUGUAAAGAUUUCAGAUUCAUUUUACAUUCUCUAAAACCAAAAAGUCUAGUUCUCCUCUCAGUCAAUGUGAGGAUACUGUCUUUUGAAAAUUUAAACCAAACUUGAGAUUUUUCUUGUGCUGUAUUCCCAGUCAGUAACAGAAGAUUUAGGUUUCCUGACUCUGUUUUCUGAAUGUUUUUUGUAUGCUUUAGAAUCUAUUAGUAAUGUUUAGAACUACACGUUUUUACCAUUUCUGUUUUUCUCUGUGCAUUUUGUUUCUCUGCAGCAGAAUGUAGCUAUGGUGAAAGAAAUUAAAGACCUUGUGUGAAGUUUCAGGAAGCUCAUAGUUUUUCCCUUUCAUCCUCAUGUUUUUGUUUCUCUGGACUUGAGGCAGAUUUUUGUCUACAACUACAAACAUAAGCUAAACUGCAAGCUAACAAAGAAAAUCAUUGUAUUGAGAAGGCAAAAAAAAGAAUCUUACAUCAGUUUGUCUGCAGGAAAAAAAGAAAAGACAUGAUGACAGGAACAAAUAAAACUGUAAGAAUCUCACUUCAUAGAGAGAAAUAUCUGUAGGAGUAUGAAAAGAAACUAAUUGAGUUGAGAUAAACACAUUAUAUUUUUUAUGGUAAUGAAAAUAUUUUUAUUUAUGAACAUUAGAAAAAAUACUUCAGAAUAUAGCAUGGCUAUUUUCCUUCUUAGUUGAAUUUUGCAUGCAUUAUUUCAGCUGCAGUUAAUAUUAAGGCAUGAUUAGGAUUUAGCAAUAAACAAUUUAAAGUUUUUACAUGUCUUUUGUUUAUUCCAUGGAAGUUUUUUUUGUUUACAUUCAUGAAAAUCUAAGAUCAUUAUAUACAUUAAUGAUGACUGUGAAGACCACCACGCUAUUGCAUGCUGUAGGUUGCACUGAAGGUUGGUGUUUGCACCUCAUUUUUCUUAUGCCAUAAUUUAGUAAAAUUUCCUGUGGUUGUAUUAAAAGGAGUUGAAAGGAGUCAAUUGUCCACAGUACCAUAAAGUUGAAUAUAUGCAUGUUUUAACUGAAGUGAAAACUGGGGAAACAGUGAAAGAAAUGAAAGCAGGACACCAGUUGUGGAAAGCCAGACAUACUGGUUACCACUUGCUUUGGUAAACUCUUGGACCAGGAACUGUGAAGGAGCAGCAUGAAGAACCAGAAGCUUUGGAAGCCACCAUCAGAGAGGUGAUGUGGCUGGUUUUAGAACUCCCAGCUGACGUCGGGCACCUGAUGCCGACCUCCCACACUAUGCUUCCCGGCACUCCAAGAACUCUGAGCACUGAUCUCCACAGAGUUCCUGGGAUCUGCUCUGGCUCUGCCACUAAAUUGGACACGGACAAUGUUAAGUAGUCCUUUAAUCAAGUAACAGUUUUGCAAAUGUUGUUAUGCUACAUGAGAGGUCAUAUUUUAACCUUUCCUGUAGAAUAAAAUAAGCUAUUAUCA